CAGGAGGUUUGCCCAUGUGGAUGUUGCAAACUGUCAACAUUGCCUUGCCAACAUUUUCAAGAGGAGAAGACGCCUCUUUGCCGAUAAACUCAUUUUGCCUGACUUUCGUGGAAACUUAACCUCCUACACUAAUCAACAUGAAGGUUGUCGGAUCUACCUGCGCCCUCAAGAGCAAGGUCGGCAGCGAGGACAUGGUGCGCUGCCUGUCUGAACAGAGCUUGACCAUCUCCAAGUGCAAGAUCCCGCUGCUGGAUGAGCAAAUGACCGUCUUUCUACAGGACAUGAACAGCUGCUACAGUAAGCUGAAGGAGCUCGUGCCCACCUUGCCCACCAACAAAAAGGCCAGCAAGGUUGAGAUCUUGCAGCACGUCAUUGACUACAUCUGGGACCUGCAGGUCGAGUUGGACGAGCCGGAGAAGAGUCGUCAGCUCUCCACGGGCAACGUCGCUCGCACGCCGCUUACCACUCUGAACGCAGAGCUGGCCAGCAUUGCAGUCGAGGUAAAUAUUCUGUCUAACAUUCUACAGCUGAUAUCUCUGAAUAUUGUGGUGUGCUUUGAGACUGAUAAUGCUUAAGCUGUCAUCGUUUAUAAUCACGCGUAAAAGCUUCUAAGUCCGUGCGUAAAAGCUUCUUUACGCACCAGUUUGUAUCUUUCUGCUAUGUCAUGCGACAAUUCACUAAUCUUCCCCCUUUUCUCUCCCUACAGAACGGAUGUUCAGACGACAGAAUCAUGUGCCGCUAAAGGCUCACGGAGAGUCGCAUCGUCACCCACAGCGAUCUACGCGAAGAACGAACAAGGCUACCUGAUGUGUGAGCCUCUCACCACGUCAAUGAAAAUACCUUGAACUGAGUAGGGACGUUUCAAACUCCCACUUCUUAAAAUUAAAUGUGUGGAUAAUCCUCACGCGGCGAGGACACACCACACGGGGCUCUCCAUUCAUCAGAGGGCCGUGAAAGAAGAUGACCGGUGGCGUCCAGACAUAGACUGGGUUAGCCGGGGGGACCAAGACAAGUUCAGUUGCAACUUGCAUAGCUUGUUGCUUGUAGAGUUUUAAAAGAAAGCUAAUUUCUGUUACGCUCUUUGUAUCUUGUGUAAACCAUAUAGAGAAUUCAACGUUUUGUAAAAAAAAAAAGUAAAUUUCUCAGAUUCCUGAGCGACAAACUGUAUUGUAUAUUACAAUGCCACAUUAUGUGAAGAGAUUGUUUUCUUACAAUGUACCUUAUUGGUGUUUUUAUUAAAACAAGACAAUUAUUUUUCAACAAGA